GCCAGUGAAGUGCGGGCGGCGAUGAGAGCGAAAGUUGCGCUCGGCUUGGCGCUGGGGGCUUGAAGCAGCUCCGCGCUCCGCCUGCCAGGGCCGCCCCCAGCCCCAACUCGCGCCCGCGGGCUCCCGCCGCGCCCCCGGCCCCGCGCCCGCCCGCACCCCCUCCCCCGGCCCGGCGCCCCUCCUCAGGAGCCGCGGGUCCCCGCCACUUUAGCCCGGCCCCGGCCCCCGCCGAUGCCGGCCAUGGUGGAGAAGGGCCCCGAGGUCUCAGGGAAGCGGAGAGGCAGGAACAACGCGGCCAGCGCGGCCGCCUCGGCCGCCGCCGCCUCCGCCGCGGCCGCCUCCGCCUCCGCCUCGGCCGCUGCCGCCUCGGCCGCCGCCGCCGCCUCCGCCUCCGCCGCCGCCUCGGCCGCCGCCGCCCCCAAUAAUGGGCAGAAUAAAAGUUUGGCGGCGGCGGCGCCCAAUGGCAACAGCAGCAGCAACUCCUGGGAGGAAGGCAGCUCGGGCUCGUCCAGCGACGAGGAGCACGGUGGCGGCGGCAUGCGCGUCGGACCCCAGUACCAGGCGGUGGUGCCCGACUUCGACCCGGCCAAACUAGCAAGACGCAGUCAAGAACGAGACAAUCUUGGCAUGCUGGUCUGGUCACCUAAUCAGAAUCUAUCGGAAGCAAAACUGGAUGAAUACAUUGCCAUUGCCAAAGAGAAGCAUGGGUACAACAUGGAACAGGCUCUUGGGAUGCUCUUUUGGCAUAAGCAUAAUAUUGAAAAAUCAUUGGCUGAUUUGCCCAACUUUACCCCCUUCCCAGAUGAGUGGACUGUGGAAGAUAAAGUCUUGUUUGAGCAAGCCUUUAGUUUUCAUGGGAAAACUUUUCAUAGAAUCCAACAGAUGCUUCCUGAUAAAUCUAUAGCAAGUCUGGUGAAAUUUUACUACUCUUGGAAGAAGACUAGGACUAAAACCAGCGUGAUGGAUCGCCAUGCUCGGAAACAGAAACGGGAGCGGGAAGAAAGUGAGGAUGAACUGGAAGAAACAAAUGGAAAUAACCCCAUUGACAUUGAGAUUGAUCAAAACAAGGAAAGCAAAAAGGAGGUGCCCCCUACUGAGACAGUUCCUCAGAUCAAAAAAGAAAAACAUAGUACACAAGCUAAAAAUAGAGCAAAAAGGAAACCUCCAAAAGGAAUGUUUCUUUCUCAAGAAGAUGUAGAGGCUGUUUCCGCCAAUGCCACUGCUGCUACCACGGUGCUGAGACAACUAGACAUGGAAUUGGUUUCAAUCAAACGACAGAUUCAGAAUAUUAAACAGACGAACAGUGCUCUCAAAGAAAAACUUGAUGGUGGAAUAGAACCGUAUCGACUUCCCGAGGUCAUUCAGAAAUGUAAUGCACGUUGGACCACAGAAGAGCAGCUUCUUGCCGUACAAGCCAUCAGGAAAUAUGGCCGAGAUUUUCAGGCAAUCUCAGACGUGAUUGGGAACAAAUCAGUGGUACAAGUGAAAAACUUUUUUGUAAAUUACCGACGCCGCUUCAACAUAGAUGAAGUUUUACAAGAAUGGGAGGCAGAACAUGGGAAAGAAGAGACCAACGGGCCCAGUAAUCAGAGACCUGUGAAGUUCCCAGAUAAUUCUGUCAAGAUGCCUGAAGAGGAAGACGAGCUUCACCAGGCUUUGACACUUGGAAGCUGGCCUCUGCACAGCCUCUGGACUGUGCCAGUGAAGAGGCGAGACCGCCACCUUGUCGCCUCUGGUCAGCCAAGAGUGGACACAGUCCCAGUGUCGGCGCCUCUCUGAGGAGCGUGAAGAACGCUUUCAGCGUCCACUGGCCAUCUCUCUGGGCUUCCUUUUUUAGCUGGAAUGUAGGAUUUGGUUAAAUAACUACCAUAAAAACCUGACUUCCAAAUCCAGGAUUGCCUCAGACAACAUUUAAAAUGCGCAGAUGGGAUCCCCCUGUGUGUACGACUUUGCAGUGUCGAAGGGUGUCCCCGACACUUCGCAGGUCCUCACCCGGAAGAGAAAAUAGAACGAGCACACUCGGUCACAGCACUGUCACAGGAGAGUAUGCCCGGUGCUGCUGCACGUCUGCGAGGAAGGAGAGACCCAGUCUUCUGGGACGAGACCUGAGGGUGGCCUCUAGGAGAGGAGGUCAAAGGCUCAGAGACCUCACUGUCCUUUCUGGAGGUGACUGUGCUAUAGAACAAGCGCCAAGGCCGGAGCCUGGCUUUCCUGCCAGGGGAGGGAGGAAGAAAGGAAGCCGCAGGGGGUGCAGGCAGGGCAGAGCGCGGAGGGGCAGGGCCGAGGACGUGGCCCUCUGUCAUUGCUGCUGGACGGCUACUAUGCUGGGCACCACAAAGGCACAGUUCAGGCUUGGCCUUUAAGGACUGAGAAGAAUAACGAGUACUGAGGAUAGGAAGUGGAGUUAUCGAGAUGUCGAGGGGAAGGUUUUCAGAGACUGGCAUAGACACCACGCGUGUAGAGGCAUAGAUUAGGAAUGGGGAGGAGACAAGUUAUGGGUCCCAAAAUCAAGGACGCAUGAAGAGCACAGGUCCUGGGCCCCUUCCUGUAACCUAGAGGGAAAGUGCACCUGUGUGCAAGUGUAUACAAGUCACCUCUUGUGCCCCACCUGACAUAAUCUUGGCCCUUGCUACAGCUCCGCCUUCAGGCAGGUGUAGCUGACAGCAUUCUCCUGGGGAGGCCCGUGAGAGCUCAGCCUGGAAGUGGGGGGAGUUCAGACUCCACCGGGGCAGCCUCUGGGUUAGGCGGGUCGGGGUUGGGCACAGGGUCCUCUCUGUGCUGCAGGUGGCUCGUUCCGAGGCACUUCUACGGGGCUCCACCUCCCGCCCCAUGGUGGUGACCAACUGAAAAAUGCACCCUGUGUCACUUUCCUAGUUGCUCCUGUUGCCUGGGGUCACUUUCAUGAUCGAACUUUUUGCAGAAACCCUCAUCAUAGGCUCUGCUUUCUGGUGAAAUCUAGACCAAGACAAUGCACGGAGAUGAGAAGAAUUUCUCUAUUCCCCACCAGGCCUUGGUUACCUCUCUUGAGGGCAGAGAUCUUGAGAGCACCUACCAAGCUGUAUUGCAGGAAAGGAAGUGACAGCACCCUUGUUGGAACUCCCGGUUUUUCAUGAUUUCCUCCAUCUUGGCUCCAUCCAGUGAACGCGUGUACUAAAAAGCAGAGCCAGCGUGUCGCCCACAGAUGCUCGAAGAUCCCGUCCUCUGUAGCCUCCACAUCCUCUGCUUCUGUGUUCAGGUGUCAUGUUCGGUGCUCACUCUUGGAAGUAAGAGAUGUGUGAAACGUUCCAAGUGGUCGAACUCCUUUCCUUCUCAACAGGUUUAAGUCUGUGCUUGCUCCUCUCUGCAGCUGCUUCAUGCUUGGGGCAUCAGUAGGGCCUGGACAAGCUCACAGGUGAUCCUGACUCAUGCUUGGGUCCGGGCUGGGUGGCACCAGCUCUCCCUCCCUGGUCCAUCUCACCACCUAAGUGGGGCUUCUGUUAGCACCUGUGGCCUGUGAGAGCCCCAUCCACUGGAGCUCAGGCAGGCUCCGCUCCUGUGUCCAUCAGCACCUCAGAGUGACGUGUCCAAGAUUGAGAGAUCUCUUCCCUCACUCUUUUUUCUGAGUUCUCUUCCUUGGUGUGUGGCCCUGCUAUAUACCUGGUCAUGAAACUGAAACACUGGCAUCUCCUGCCCCUUGAGUCUCUUCCUCCCUUAUUACUGCCAGUGACAGUUCAGGCCCUUCUCAGUCACCAGAGUUGACAGUGUAGCCUCCUAACUCGUUCCCAACAUUCCUCUUUCCUUUUCUCUCACUCAUUCGCCCAGUCAUAAUUAGGGCCCUUUCGUGGUUAAAAUGCUUCAUUUAUGUUCUAGAAAAACACACAGCCUUUCAUUCUUUGUUUUUAAAGCCAUGUAACAUUCCUGCUUCGGGAACGUCAUCCUGUGCUUUUCCCUGCUAUGGUGCCUUCCCCGUUCCACUUGGCACGGCCCGCCACGGCUCAGCCACAUGUUGCCAUCUCUGUGAAGUCCUGAUCACCGUCUCUCACCCCCCACCCUCAGCAGAGAGAAUCAUUCUCAGGGCUUCUAGCACUGACACCUCUCUGCACUUAACCUCUUUGUACUAUACUACGAAGAAAGGAUUCUGAAUUUUUGUUUUAUUCUUUUAAAUAGAUAACCAGUGUACUUAGUGUAAGAGGCAUGCAGUGAGAUGUAAGUUCCCCGUCCCUGUCCACUAACCAUCCAGCUCCCUCCACAGAAGCCACUGUUACCAGGUCCUCACAUCCUUUGACAGAUGAGCAAUACGUUUACAAGUGUGUGUGCUCACUGGUAUGUGUGCAAAUAAUCACUUUUCCAUACAAAUAACGUACUCUCUACACUGCUCUGUAUACCUUGCUGUUUUCACUUGACACACUUGGUCUUUCGAUAGCAGCACACGCAUAUCUAAAGUUGCUUCCUCCCUUUGUGGUGGUUUCAUGGUGUUCUGGUUGUGGUGCUCUAUCUAAUUAUGGCUGUAACAAUUUAUUUAAACUGUCGUCAGUUGCUGCUCGCUGAAAUACCAUUUGUAAUACCAGCAGACUGGAAACAACCUGUGUUGUUUUGCCCACAUACAAGUGUAGUUGUAGAAUAAAUAUCUAGGAUUGGAAUUUCUGGGUCACAAAUCUGUUCAUUUUCACCUUGAUACAUACUGCUGAUUGUCGCCCAGAGAGGCGGUGCCAGUUUCUCCUUCCUCUGCCGUGCACGAGGCGCUUGUUGCCCUGCGCCCUGCCCAAUACUGUGAUAUUAAACAUUUGAUCCAAGGUGUUUUAUAAGCUUUUAGUCUACUAGAUUGUGAGUCCCUGGGGUCAGGACUGUCAUAUUCAUCCUGGUUCCCAGAACUGGCAAUAUUAGGCACGUAAAUGCUUGUUAAAGGAAUGGGGAAAUUGGGUGCACUGAGGAAGAAAAGUAAAUGCCUGCCGGCCUUUGUGCUUGGAAAGGCCCUGUUACGGCUUAGCCUUGACUCCCAGGGAGUGGGAUUCACAACUGUCAAUUCCUGGACUUCUAGAGAUGGAUGAGCUGGGGUUUGGGGUUUUCUGGGUUCUUUGCUUGUUUCUGGAGCUAUCUGCUGUUUAGCUAGUUGUUGCCAAAGUACUGGGGACUUAAAGAUCCGGUGAUUGCAUUUGAAAUGAGGCUGAAGAGUAUUCUCCAGAUUCUGGUUUUCAGACCCUCCACAUCCCCUCCCUUACUCACUGCCCCUCCCUUAAUAGAGAGUCGGCUGACAGACCGUGAGCACGUGCGCAGUGUUCUGGCCUGGACAAGCUGCAGACACCUUCCAGCUGAGGUGCAGGCAGGGAGUGCUUUUGAGAACUAAAUGAGAAGUGGGAAGGGGCCAUCCUGUGUGGGGCGUCCUUGAGGAGGGCAUCCCAGAGGAGGUGACAGUUGAAGAAGGAGUGACAGCUAGCCCAGAGUGUUCCAGCAGACCCUGUGGUUUACAUGGGACGAGCCAGCCCCCUUGCAGUCAAGUCAGGGCUGUGCUUCCUCACCAUCCAAUGGAGGGUGUUAGAAGUGUAUAUGGUUUUUGGUGAUCCGUGCACCAACCUGGUUUCCUACCCAUGGCAGAUGCCUGGUGAAUGUACGUUGCUGCUCAGAAGACUUGGAGAAGGCAGAUCCCCCUGCAGGAACUGCAGACGGGAGGUGAAGGGCUACUGGCAGGGCCUGCAGUCCGCCCUGCUCCGAAGGCUUCCUUUCUCUAGGCCAUUCCUCUUGGCAGUCAGGAGCACAGGGCGUGACUGAGAAUCCGCUGACAGGAGGCCGGCCAAGCAUCCCCAGCUGUAGUUUGCGUUAGAAGUCCCCUGGCCUCAGGUCUGGGCAGGCGCUCGGGUCCGCUAACCUCUCUCCAGCAUCUGGCCGAGGAGAAGCUUUGCUGGAGGGGCCUCUUAGUCCUCCCGCAAGCACUUUGUGUAACAAAGUUAUUUUUGUGUAUGGUGGCUCAUGGGACUUAAUUGCUUGAAAAGUAAAUUAGCAACAAUUAGUCUUAUACUAUGGAUAGUCAUGUAUAGCAAAUUAUUUGUGAUUUUUAGUAAUAAUUGCUUAAUUUAUUGAAGAUUGCCGUGCCCCAAAGGACCAAACAUGCAUUGUUUGAUUGACUGCUCAUAGCAACCUUAUAAAUAGGGCCUCUCAUCCUGUUUCAUAGAAGAGGAAGCCAAGACAAAGAGAAGAAUGUCUUGCCCAAAUCAGACAACUAGAAAAUGCUAGAGUCAGGACCAGAAUCGCCCGAGGCUCUGCUCCAUUGCCGGCCUCUCAUUUAGACUCCGGAAUGCUGACUCAAGUCCUCCAUCAAUAACAAAAUCUGUUGUGAUCUUGGUCACUCCCUAACCUCCCUAGGCCUGUUUCCUCCCCUGUGAAGCAGGGAUGGUAGCCCUUUUCAAGGCGGGGGAGGUUGUACAUGGAAACACUUACAUCGAGCCCAGUGCCUGCACGGGAGAGAUGCUUGAUAAACGUCUGAGCCUUUCAUUCUCUAAGGACAAGUCUAGCAGUGUGCAUGUUGCUGGCAUCUCGGGGGGGGCAGGGUAAGAGCUGAGCAUUUCACAGCUCGUUGGCCUUCAAACAAAACCCUCACUUCUCUUCUCAACUACGCACCUCCAGUCUUACCUCCCAGACCGGGGAUCUUGAAGUGGUUUUGGUGGCAAUACAGAAUUUAUUGACCAUG